AAUCGGUUGAACCGGGAUCUGAUCGGGUUGGUAGUCAAAGAAUGCGAUGUAGAGAGCCUAGAUCCUGGAGACUCUGUUGCUGCUUUGACCGAGAGAUAAAGAUUAGUUGUAAGAACAUGUUUAUCCCUUGAUCCUUAAGACUACCUCCAUUGGAAGGUUUAAGUGGAGGUUCUUAAGUAAAAAGCAGAUAAAAUUAAAUAAAAAAAUGUCUAAUUAUCUUAGAACCGGUGCCAAAUAUAGGGGUUUAAGAAAUGGUUAAAACCCCCAUAGGUGGCAACUUCUCAUUGGGCCGUCGGUUUCACACUUGAGGGCAAAAAAAAAUUGCUCUUCUUUUCUCGGUUUCGUCUCUCUCUCUUCGAUAUUGUCGAACUCUUUCUUCUCCCUUGGUCUCUCUCAACGAAUUCGUUGAUUCUGUGUAAAUCUCCCACAGAGAUGAAGAUUGACCGGUUUCUUUGUCGUCGGUUGGUCUAUCUGUUCGUCGUCGGUGCUGUGGAAUGGUCUAUCUCUUCGUCGUCGGUUCUUUGGAGAUCUCCAACGGAGAUGAUGUUUGGAGAUGAUCUUGAUUCACCUUUAAUUCACAUUUUGAUCGGAGAAAUGAAAGAAGAAAAAAACUCACAACUGCUUGGAGCUUUCACCAACACCACGUUGGUCUCCUUCAUUAUCCUCCAUUGAGAUCUUAUCUCCGAGGCUUUCUUAGGGUCGGCUUCAUUGGAGGAAGAAGGGACUAUUGGAGAAUACGGGUUGAGGUUUAAGUAGUAAUUCACUAUUUGUCCCAUAUUGGACGGUGAAAUCAGUUGGAUAAGGGAACUAUUAUUGAAGACUUUUUCUAGUGAGUUAUAAUCCAUUACUAAUGAACUUUGUAAGCAAUCUGUUAAGCUUGUUGAUGCUGUAGAUGAGGGUGGAAAAGAACCUACUCAUAUCGAGAUAGAAGUUGAGAAGUAUGCUGCUGAGUCUGGAGUGGAGGGUGAUUAUGAUGCACAGUUCAAGAACUUGGGGAACUUAGUUACGAAUUUACAGGAUCAGAUUCUCUACAAGCUUGAUGAAGGACUUAAACAUGUUGCUUCUACGUCCCAGUCCAGGUAAACCCUCUAACCACAUUGCUCAUAAGCUGUUACUUAGAUCAUAUGGCUAGGAACGAACAUCUGAGUUAAGUUGUUCUGAUGGAUGUGGUUACAUAGAACUCUUUCGUCAAAACACACAGGGAUAGUGUGCAGAGUCUACUAGUAGUAUUGUAUCUCAGUUUAUAUGAAAAAAGUUUUGCCUUGGUUCAUAAAGUUUCAUCGUGAAUCUUUCGUUAUAGAGUCUACUAGUAUUUUUUUUGAAAUGGUUUUGUUUUGGCUCAUAAUUACAGAGUAUAGAAUUAGUAGUUGGACCAGUAUUAAAAAAUUUUUUUAAGAACCUCAACGAGGUUCUUAACAUUGGAUGAAAAAAAAUUAAAUUAGAUUAACAAAGGUUCUAAACCUAUCAAAUCACUGUAUUUAUUACUAAUUUAUUCUUUAGAGUCAAUAAGGAGUUUUUAUUGAUGGACAUGCUCUAAGUGUAUUUCUUAAUGAUUAUUUAAUACUUUAAAUGUAGUUAAGUGGGGUUAAGAACUAUAGUUAAGAAACUCCCAUUUGGAGCGGUCCAAUGAGAGUCUCUUAAAUAGGAGUUCUUAAAAAUUUUAAAGCUAAAAUUUAUUUAUUAAUUCAAACAUAUUCAAAGAUAACAUUUUAAACAUAGAUUUUUUUUAAAAAAACAUAAAAAUAAAGACUAGUACAAUAAUCGAGAAUAAUUUGGAAAAACAUCCGAGCUCAAUAGUUGUCUCCAUCAAGUCCAAAUUUACGUGUUCAACCAAAUCAGCUUUGAGCUGUUGAUGCAUUUGUCUAUCACGAAUUCUUGUUCGAACACCCAUCAUAUUGGCGAUAUUUGAAGGGAUAUCUGUAGAAUACGUGAGAUCGACAUGUGAAGUUCCAGUGUCUUCUCCUUGUUGGAACUCUGAAACAUCAAAAUGAGUGUAUCCAUCUCGUUCGUCUUCUACUAUCAUAUUAUGGAGUAUGAUACAUGCUCGCAUAAUCUUCCUAAUUUUGGCUUUAUCCCAAAAAAAAGUGCUAAAUUUUUAACAAUGGCAAAUCGAGCUUGCAAGACUCCAAAAGCACGCUCGACAUCUUUUCGGACAGCUUCUUGAUGUUGAGCAAAUAAAGCCGCUUUCGGACCUUGUGGUAUUGGAAUAGAUUGGAUAAAAGUUUCCCAUUUCGGAUAAAUACCAUCGGUGAGAUAGUAAGCCAAAUGAUACUCUCUUCCAUUGACAGAGAAAGUAACUUGCGGAGCUUGACCUUUUAUUAUGUCAUCAAAAACAGGUGAACGAUCAAGAACAUUGAUAUCAUUUAAGGUAACUGGAGGUCCAAAAAACGCAUGCCAUAUCCAUAAAUCAUACGAAGCAACCGCCUCUAACACGAUUAUGGGUUUACCCGAACCACGUGAAUAUUGACCUUUCCAAGUGGUGGGACAAUUCUUCCACUCCCAAUGCAUACCAUCGAUGCUCCCUUUCAUCCCAGGAAAGCCACGUUGCUCACCAAUAUAAAGUAGACAUUGAAGAUCAGCCGGUGUUGGUCUUCUUAAGUACUCAUCGCCGAAUAAUAUAUUAUUCCUUCCACAAAAUGUUCCACACAUAACCGAGCUGUCAUUGUACCGUGUCGUAGGUAUUCGUCAACAUCAUCAGCCGCAGAACCAUAGGCCAAGACAAGAAUGGCUGUUGUACACUUCUGAAGUGGAGAGAGACUAAGCCUUCCGAGAGCAUCUUUCUUUUGUCGAAAGUAUUCAACUUCAUUGGAGAGUCGAUCAACAAUACGCAUGAACAAUGACUUGUUCAUUCUAAAUCGUCGUCGGAAUAGAUUAUCAGGAUAUGUCGGAUUUUCUGAAAUAAUCAUUCCAUAAACGUAGAUCGCCUUCUUCACGAUUUCUUUCGAUAUGAACUCGUUUUUUUCUUCUUUUUUUUCGACUUCUUGAUCACCAUAAUUAAUGGCCAAAUUCUUCAUUGUUUGAUCAAAAUAUUCAUCAAAAUAUUCAUCAAAACGUUUGGUUGGUUGAUCAUCUAGAUUGAUAGUUGCUUGAAAGCUUGAUGUCUCUGCUCCAUCCUCACACUUUCUCUUCUUAUCGCUUCCACCAAUCUUAGUACUAGCAAAGGAACACCAUUUCUAGUCAUGGCGGAGCUCCUCCCAAGCAUAGUGAAGGUUAAACUUAAUCUUGUAAUCAUUAAAGAAGAUCUCGUAUGCUAGUUUAACAACAUCACUCUCACUCUGACCACUUGUUUUAUGUCUUGUUGAAGCUGCAUAGGAACCACAGAACUUGCAAACAAGAUCAUUCAUCUUCUGCCACCUUUGCUUACACUGAAUGGCUUAUCGUUGAUCACCUCUUUCCACCUUUGGGCUUGCUGCAUAGUAAGCUGCAAUGCGUUUCCAGAAAGCACCUGCUUUCUGCUCAUUUCCUACGACAAGAUCCUUGCUGGUGUUUAACCACGCGCUAAUGAGCACCAGAUCAUCCGAGGGACUCCAUUUCUUUCUUUCUUUGCGCUGUGUAGGUGAGUCUUCACAGAAGCUUGACGUUUCUGUACAUUGCGUACUGAACACAGGGAGUUGUGAUGAUCCAAUUUCCCCACCAUGUGAAAAGCUCUCAUAAGGAAAGGGUUGAUGAAUGAAUUUUUUUUCUUGAUUGUUGAGAAGGUCAACAAAAUUAGAAGAAUCCAUAUGUAAAUACGGAAGAGCGGAGAGAAAGAAGAAGAAAAGAGAUAGAAGAUGAAAUGAGAUUUCGUUGGAAGAUGAAAGGAAAGAGAACAAGAUCCGGUUUUAUAGAUGAAAAGAGCAGAAGAUAUUGUUAGAUAUGGAAGAGUAAUUGUAUUUACUCUUUGAUUUGGGUAGAGUUGAGCUAAGUAGAAUGUAACUACAUAUUUAUUACCUAACCACAUCCUAAUGAUACACUACACCAAGCAUUCAUCACAAGCAUUCACUAACUCUAACAACUAAAACAAGCAUUCACUAACUCUAACAACCAUUCAUCACUCGCAUUCAAUAACUUACCAACUAUCCACAACGAAAGCAAGAAAAAUUAAUCGAGUUUUACCGACUAACCUCAUCGACAGUGUCAAGUGGUGUUUGCUUCUCGAUGAACUCCUUAAGGUUGUGACUUCAGUAGGAGGACCUUCAGUCGCGAGCUCAAAUCACAUGGAUAAUUAACAAAACAAUGAACUAAAUUAGAUCUCUUUUCAACACAAUCACUUAGCUUUUCAACACAAUCACUUAACAAAACAAUGAACUAAACUAGAUCUCAAAUCACAUGGAUAAUUAACACAAUCACUUAGCUUAAAUUCAGAGCUAAAUUACAGAGGCAAAGUCUAAAUCUUCAUACUAGGACAAACAAUAUGAUCGUCUUUACCUUGAAGAAGUGAUCACCAAACCGAAGGCAUCGAUACCGACGCUAGAGACGCCGUCGAUUGUGGUGGGUUAGCAUCAUUCUUCACUCGGAGAAGACGAGAACCGAAGGAGGAGAUGCGGUGAGGACUGAGAGAGUCGUCGAUUGUGGUAGGUUUCGGUCCUUCUUCUAACGGGUUUGACAAGAGAUGACGGAGGAGACGCAAAUAGGACCGAGAGACUCGUCUGACGGAGGAGGCAAGAGAAGACGGAGGAGACGCCAUUAGGACCGACAGAGUCGUCGAUUGUGGUGGAUUUCGAUCCUUCUUCGGACGAUCGCGACGAGAGAAGAAGCGGUGAGGAACGAGAGAGUCUUCGUCUGUGGUGGGUUUCGAUACACUCGUGACGGAGAAGACGAGAGAACACGACGGUGAGGAUCGAGAGCGUCGUCGUCCGUGGUCUGUACCGAUCGUUCUUCUCACCAAGAAGACGGAGGAGAGGUCGAGUGGACCGAUGGCUUCGCGUCUGUUGUCGUUUUGGAUCGUUCUCCUCUGACGGAGAAAAACAAGAAGACGAAACGGUGAGAAAACGAAAGAAAGAAAGAAAAGAAAAAAAAAUAGAAAAAUUGUGGAGCUGACACGUGGUCUAAAAACCACGCUAAUAAUCGGUCACAAAAACUAAUUAUUAAGGAUCGACUUUCCCCCUUUAAUUUUGUUUUCAUUUAAUUAAAUCACCACCUUAACCUGAUCACCGUUAAACAUGGUCUAACGAAACGAUGUAAGUUUGGGCUUUUGAGUCCCUAUUUAUUGGCCCCACCUUACUUACUCAUUGUCUAACUAAAUCUUUUUGACCAUAUAUACAUCUGAGCGAGACAUACAGCAACGAUAUAUUUAAUUGUUGCCGAUAUACUUCAAACAAAUACAUAUAUGGAAAAUGCAAUCGGUCUUAUACUUACCAAAACCACAAAACAUUACUAUAAGCUACAAGAUUAUUCAAAUCUAAAUAUAGCAUCGAUUUAGCCAACAUCUCAUUCUUCUGUUUUUAUCUUAAAACGAUAUUACCGGAGAUUCUAUAUCCCAAAAAGGUGGUAACAAUAUUUGAAUACUCAGAUUUAGUCGUAACAUUAAUUAAAAAAACUUGACCAAAAAAAGAAAAUACAGUAAUGAGCUAAUUUCAAAUAAGGGAAAACGCUGUGAUUUUGCAGCAAAUAUUUAACUCUUUUAGGUUAGAAACAAAAAAAAAAAAAAAAAAUCAAACAACAAAAUUGUAAUUUAUUUUAUGCUUAUAUAUAGUCAUUUUUAUCCCAAAUCUAUAGGAAACUAACCAGAGAAAAAGAAAACGUAAAUCUUCUUUAUUUUACAUCUCCAUCACACCCCCCUUUCUGUACGCGUAUUUUCAAUUUCUUAACAAUGUCGUCACAACCAAAAACAAAUGGAAGAAGGUUUGGAUUCAUUAAAACGUUUAUGCGGCUGGUUAUGUGCUUCAACGCGACAGCUGAAGGCGAUCAACGGGAAAGAUCAAAGACACUGUCACGGAGGAGCAGCUUGGUUCACUCCAUAAAAUCAUCUCCUUCCAAUGUUUUCGUUAGUGGUCCGAUAGUAGACGAAGAAAGGGAUGAGAAGAUUAAAGAUGUUAUCCUCUAUUGUAAGAUGAAUUCUCCACUUAAUAUACCGUGAUUCUUACACGCAAUUCCUCUUAUUUCACUUUUUUUUUUCACUUACGUUACAAUAUUUUUUCACUAGAGAGUAUGACUAAAUAUCUGUUUAGAUUUUCAAGAAUAUUUUAAGGAUUAAUUAGUUCCACAAUACUUUUGAUAUGGUUUGGAUUUUUUAGUUUUAAAUAAUUUUUUUUAUUUCUAUUUUCCGUUUCAGCUGGGAUUUGUAUAUAUUUUCAACUUAAACACUGAAGAAAAUAAUAAUCACAGUACACAUGAAGUAGCUUUGAUCUAAUGAGUUAUUUCUAGUUUAAGAAGAUUGAAAUAUUGAUAACGCUAAUACUGGUUCAUACUCUCUAGAACCAAGACUAUUCCAACUACCUGAUAUCUUAUUGUAUUAGCAUGAGUGUAUAAUAUUGUUCUUAUUGUUUAUACCAUAUAAUAUUUAGAUGAUCCGCGUAAGAGCUUUAAAGUUAUACGCGUUCACUCGUAUCUAAAGCUAGUUGUUAUAACAAACAUGUUGAUAACCGUUGAAUUGAAGGAUAGAAAGUAUAUACUAGUUUCUAAAAAUAAUUUAAAACAUGAACUUUUGAAGAAUCCAUGAAGACUUGCAAGUCCGGUCACUUUCCAGCAAUAUCUAAAGAUGGAUGGACCUUGUCAUUUGGAGAUUUGAGUUUGACCUAAAAUAGACUCAAAACCAAACCACGAAGGACCUUUUUCUCUUCUGUUUCUUAUUUUUCCGCGUAUAGUAACAACAUUGCUAUUCUUUUCCUGGUUAUCUUGUACUAGUGUACUACCAGUCUACCAUCUUGGAGUUUGCCAAUAAAAAGAUAUUACCAUCUUGGCCUUUUUCAACUUAUUUUUUUUUUGCUAACCGAAGUAUCCUGGCCCCACCGAGAUGGUCCAGACUAGAGACCGAAGUGAGCAUGGACGCUGCCAGGGCGUCACCAUGUGGCUCACCGUGUAACGGUCUUCGGUCUCGGAUGCUGCAGCCCACAUCUAAAUUCCGCAGUGGCCAAGGCUCGAACCCAGAGACGGGCACUGCAGCUGGAGUUCCUAUACCACUACACCAAAGCAACUUGGUUUUUUUUUUUUCCACUUAUUAAGUGAUGUAAUCUGAUUAAAACCCAAAAAGAAAUUAUACAAAAAAUCAAUUAAAGCUACUUUCUCCUAAUUUUUUUAGAAAACAUAAUAGUGGAAUUUCAGUAUGAGCCGAGAGGCCCGAGACCAAAUUGUCUUAGCUGAACCAGAAGUUUAUCCGUAUGAAAUCAAUUUCAUAUCUGUCAACCAUAUAUAGUCUAAACCGUAUUAAGCGAAAACCAAAGUCCAUUGUUAUCUUAAUUUAGUUGUUUAACUUAGUGCGUUUUAGGAUUAAACACGUGAGUUGAUUAUAUGCAUUUGUCAUCUAAACACGGAGCAAAGAAAAGGUUCACGUGUUAUACUUAUAGUUAUACUAAUGAACAAUGAUUCUAGAAGAAGGAUAAGACUACCUAAACCCCUAAAAAUCUACGUAAACCUUAAAGAACAAUCAAAUGAUCAAUCUCUCAAAUAAAUCUAAAACAGUAACUUCUUUUCAGUCGUAAGAGUAAUCAAUGAUUACUAAUCUUUUUUUAAAGCUGAUUUAUUAUGAUAUUACAAUUAGAGAAAAAUUACAUAGACGAUCCGACAACCAACCGACAAUACUAUCUGCCUUACAAGGAUCUACGCGUAACUGCAUUACCCGAGCCGUUCUACGAAGACCAUGCUUGGCCGAGUUUACUUGCACCAUGUUGAAGAUCCUUUGUAAGCAUUUCCUCCGUAGCCUACAUAAUUGUUUAAUAAAUCAUUUUUUCCGAGAAUUGAAACAUAUCUGCUGGUGUAGAAGCAUUAAUGAACCUUUAGUCAAACCAUUGGACCAAGAGGACUUCUACUAUGAUUACUAAUCAUGCAUGUGAUUAUGAGUCAAAACCAAUACACAUCUCGUUUUCAUUACUUAUAUUGACACGCUUGGAGGCUUGUGGAUGAAAUACGACAAAGCACCCCUUUUGUUUUUGGGGAUCUUCGAUGAGUUUCUUAUGAAGCGAGUUUGCUGGUAGUUAAUCCAAGUUAUUACUCACUCAAAUCAUAAUUUGGUAAAUUACGUUACACUUGUUUUUAUAAAUUAAAGAGACAGACUAGAACUUGAACAGACGAAAUUUUUUCAAAAAAAAAAAGCUUGAACAGACGAACGUUAUGAAAGUGGACAUACCUAACCAUUAAACCACUAUAUCUCAAAGUUCAUUUUUAAAUUUCAAAAAGCUUGUAGACAACUGUUUAGUUUCUAACGUAUAUUAUUAAAGUUUUGAGUGACCACAUCUAAUACUUUUAUUGUAUAAAUAGAGUUUGACAAAGGGAAAAAAUUGUGUUGGUUAUAUGGUCCACCGAAACUUGUUCAUGUCUGGAUGAGCAGAACCGUGUGAGGAGCUGCAAAAUCAUGCCAAGUCAGCAACAAACUGUCUGACUGUGGUACUCAUGACCUCUUCUUUGCUUGACUUUCUCAUGAGUUAAGACUGGACGUAUUCAAACCCUUUAUUUUUUGUUCAUUAGGUUGCAAAUAAAAGAAACACACAAGUCAGCUCUUGUAUUUACUUGGUUUACAUCAUAAUAUAAAAAUAAAACAAAAAUAACAACGUUAGCAUCAGCUAGCUAGCAGGUUUAUUUUCAGUUUAGCUAAUUAUUAUAAACGUGUAUUAAGAGUAACAACUAGUUCUGGAAGUCGUAAAAUAAGAAUCAAGUCUUUUCUAACGACUGGAAAACUUUUUUUUAUCUAUGGGUAAACCAAACCCACAUCUUGGUAAGAAAUAGACAUGAAAGAACUUUAAAAUAUACUAAUCAAUACAAAACAACCAAGUAGCCAAAGUUUACCACAUUUUAAGUAGGAAACUCCUCAUUUGACUUUUCUCUUCUCCCUCUUUCAUACACAAAUGACAUCAUAUAUAUACAAGCAUUCAUGUACCUUCCCUUUUCCAUUAAUCAUCACAUACUCAUUGUUCUUCUUUACUAAAAACAUCACCACACUCACAUAUAUACGCAUAUACCUCUCUAUAUUUUUUAUAUAUACUCUUCUCAUAAAGUAGACUCUAUGGAUAAUAAAUCUCCAAGAUCAAAAGAAAUCUUGGGACCAAGACCAACUCCAUUGAAAAUCCGUAAAGACUCUCACAAGAUCAUCAAGAAGCCACCACUAGCGCCACAACCACUGCAAUCACAACCACCGCAGCUAACCGAGCGAGAACCAUCACAACUAUUGCCUCCACGCGGUCCAGUGAUAAUAUACACUGUAUCUCCCAAGAUUAUCCAUACACACCCUAAUAAUUUCAUGACAUUGGUUCAACGUCUCACAGGCAAAACCUCUACCUCCACAAUUCCAUCCUCCUCUUCUCCAUCAACCUUAGCACUAGACUACACAUCUGCGUCACGAGACACGUCAGCAGUGUUCGAUGCAUCCCGUGGUUCGAUAUCUCCGGCGGCUAGGUAUGCUGCGAUGGAGAAAGCUAAUGCCUCAAAUGAACUAGGGUUUGUGGGUGGCGUAGAGAGUACGAAUCAAUAUUACCAACAUGACUAUCAUCAAAACCGAGCUACCGAACGUACUGGGAUCUUGUCUCCAGGGCCCGCUUCUCUACCGCAGAUAUCGCCAGAUUUCUUUUCUACGGUUGGAGCAUCUGAUCCUCAAGGUUUUUCGUCGUUCUUCAAUGACUUUAGCUCUAUCCUACAAACCACUCCAACGAUCCCGUCUCCUUCUUCCAUGGACCUUUUCACAAAUUUUUUUGAUUGUUAGAUUGGGAUUUUAUUUCAAAUUGAACUUAGUUUUACAAGUAUUAUAGAGAGACACAUGAUGUAUUAUACGUUUUUCAUCAUUUUUAGGAGACACUCUCAUAGAAUUAGAGGGGUUAUACUUCUGCAUGUCGUGAUGUUGACGUCAUCUGUUAGAAUCCAAUUGACAAUUUGAUGAUAUAUGUAUUCGUGUUCGGUGGGCAUUUUCAUAGUUUUAAAUACUAUCUUUAGCGACUCUUGUUCCUCCUUUAGCUACUUGUGCUCAUCGACUAUAAUCUAAUUGGAGGCAUUUAUUA